AUGCAGCCUCCUACCUUACCAAGAACCUUGAUUUUGGAUUAUUACGACUCAUAUACCAACAAUCUCCUUUGUCUGUUCACUCAGCUAUAUAGCGAUGCAGAGGUCCUCAACAAGGUGGUUGUGAUCAAAGCCGACAAGUAUACAUGGUCCGAUUUUCAAGAACAGGUUUUACCCAAUAUUGACUGCGUGAUACUGUCUCCAGGUCCUGGUAGACCAGACAACCCUUCGGAUAUUGGCUUCGGGCUGGACUUGCUGAGAUCUCACCCCGUACCAAUCCUAGGAGUGUGUUUGGGACAUCAAGCGAUAGGAGUAGCGUUUGGUGCCAAGAUCAUCAAUACCCCUCGAAUCACCCACGGUCACGUAGUUUCUGUCUCACCAGUAAUUCCGUCCAAGGGUUUAUUCGAUUCCCCAUUCUGGCAAUUGUCGGGCAAGGAGAACGAUUUUGAGGUGGUCGUCUAUAACAGUCUGACGGUAGACCCAAGCACCGUUCCCGAUGAGCUGGAAGUCACCGCUUGGUCUGUUCCGACUUCGGACAGACCCAGUACUGCCCAAGGAUUGAGACAUAGAGAACAUCCUAUAUGGGGUGUGCAGUAUCAUCCAGAGUCAAUCUCUUCCACGCGUGGUUCAGCUUUACUGCAAUCUUUCCUCGCCAAAGUCAAUCAAUUUCACUCCUCACCAACUUCUUUUCCUGCGCUCCCCUCCCAGAUCGUCGCAUCAUGUGCGUAUAGAGUAUCCGCCGCUUCCAAAUCACGUCCAUCAUCAGCUCUUCCCACACCACCAAUUACACCCUCUGCUUCCAGAGCUCCAUCUCAGCGUGGAUUCAGGCGAGGCGGACUCAGCAUUUCGGAGAAAAGAAUGGGUGAUUUAGGUAAACAGCUAAGGACUCAGGAUGUAUUUGAGAGUCUGAUCAGGCAGAAUCGAGGUUCUAGGAAAGGGAAGGAAAAAGCCAUUGGGGAAUUUUGGCUCGAUGGUCAGACGCCCACGAGAUCAACCACUACAUCACUCGCCACGCCAUCGUUCCUUCUUUCAUAUUCCUUGAGCACGCGUACAGUCACCCUACAUCGACCAUCUCUUCCUCCGAGUCAACUGAUUUUGUCUGAUGCGACCACUUUUUGGGAUUGGUUCUCCGCUGGAUCCCAGUCUCUUACAUCUUCCCUUUCAGCUACGUCGUCACAGGGUUUCAUGGGAGGCUGGGUAGGAUACUUCGGGUAUGAAAUGAAAAUGGAGUCUCUUCAGGGAUACCAGCGGGCUCCUCGGGUAGAUAGGAGUGAUGGCCUAGUUGAAGAAGUCGAUGCAUGUUGGGGAUGGGUCGAUUGUCUGACAGAAAGAACAAGUGAAGGACAGUGGAUAGCUCGAGGGGUGUUGAGAGAUGAAGGAGUCCCAUUGGAGGGAAAGAAUGACGAAGAUGAUGAGGAUGUAUCGAUGUUAGAUUGGCUGCGAUCACACGAGGUAUCGCUCGGAGCAAGUCGACAAAGAUGGGAAGAUUACAUCGAAUCGAUUAAAGACGUUUUUAGCAAUUCCUCUUCAGAUCACGCUAAGCCCGCUUCGAGCUUUCCAACAUUCCGGCCCAACGCGACAGGAUCUGAUUAUCGUAAACGAAUAGAUGCAUGUCGAGAAGCUAUACGACAAGGUGAAUCCUACGAAUUAACACUGACAACUCGGUUUUCCUCGUCCUGCCAUCCUUCCCUUGACCCUUAUUCGCUAUAUCUUCGACUACGAACCUUCAAUCCCGCAUACUACUCAACAUAUCUCCAUUUCCCUACAUUGAUCACUCCGCGAGGCAAAGGACUCUCGGUUCUUUCGUCAAGUCCAGAGAGGUUUCUGAAGAUAGAUAAAAGUAGGAGGGUAGAGAUGAUGCCCAUAAAAGGCACUAGAGCGAGAGUCAAGCCGGGACAAUGUGUUUGCACGCCUAAAACAGGCUGUGAGGGACAGGAUAAGGGCAGUGAGGCCUGCGUGGAAGAGGGCAAAAGGGUGGAUGAGAGGAUAGGAGAAGAAUUAAGAUUGGAUCAGAAAGAGAGAGCAGAGAAUCUCAUGAUCGUUGACCUGAUCCGUUCUGACCUACUUUCCUGUUGUACUCCAUCAACCGUAUCCGUACCCAAACUCAUUGCAUUGGAAUCUUACGGCGUGCAUAACUUGGUGACUACCGUUCAGGGGACUUUGGCGGCUAAUGUUGGAAGUGUGGAGUGUGUUCGACGAUGUUUUCCUCCUGGCUCAAUGACCGGUGCUCCUAAAUUACGGUCUGUACAGAUGCUAGAUGACUUUGAGAGUGAGAAGAGAAGGGGCAUCUACUCUGGCUGCCUCGGUUACUUCUCAAUCGACGGAGUAUCAGACCUUAGUGUGGUGAUUAGGACAAUAGUAGCUGAGGGAGAACAAUUGAGCAUAGGUGCCGGAGGAGCUAUCACAUGGUUGUCGGAUCGGGAUAAGGAAUGGGAAGAAGUGCUUACAAAAGUGGGUAGCGUUGUUGGUAAAGUGGAUGAUGUGCAGUAG